CUCUCACGGUCGAUUAGACUUGGUAACGGUUAAAAAGAAAAUCACGUAGAUUUGAGUGAAAACGAAACAUUAAAUUAAAGGAAAUAAACCAUGGAUAAAAGACCCGUUUUGACUUCUUAGAUGCAGAUGUGCUUCACAUUUUCUUUAAACUGAAGGGACCGGGAUACAGUAGUUUCAAGAUCAAGGAUGACGUUUAUUAAAUCUACAUCUGUGUUCACAGUAAUAGCCGAAGUGACGCUAUGGCUUCUGAUGUCAGUACUGACCUUACUACUUUCCUACAAUCUGAUUGGUGUUGAGCCGUUCAGGCGUGGUUUCUUCUGUGACGAUGAGACGAUACGAUACCCGUACAAAGAUGACACUGUCAGUGACACAAUGGUAGCUGUUAUAUUUGUAGUUGUGCCUAUAAUUAUCAUGAUCAUCACAGAAACUGUUCAUAUAGUAUCUAUAAAAAGUAGACAGGAAAAAGGAAGCAAAGUUUUGGUGCAAAAAUUUUCAGCUAAAUUUUAUAGAACAGUGGGAGCAUUUUUGUUUGCUACAUUGUGUACAAUGUUUCUUACUGAAACAAUGAAGUUAUUUGGCGGUAGACUCCGCCCACAUUUUGUGUCAUUAUGCAAACCAGAUUUCUCAAAAUUGAAUUGUUCCCAAGGAUACAUAAUGAUUCAUACUGGCACGUGCACAGCUGACGUCACAAGAAGAAAACUGCUAGAUGCUAGAAAGUCAUUUCCGUCGGGACAUGCCUCGUUAUCAGCUUUUGGUGCUAUUUAUUUACUGGUGUAUCUUCAGCUUCGUUUCAUCUGGACACAGAAGAUAAGAAUACUCUUGCCGCUGAUACAAGUUGGAAUCAUCUGUGCUUCCGCUUUUGUUUGUAUUUCCCGCGUAAAUGAUAAUAAGCACCAUUUUGGUGACGUCAUCGCUGGUGCUAUUUUGGGAACGGUUUUAGCCUUACUUGCGUUAAAGUAUGUUUCCUGCAUCCGAAGGAACGGAAAACAUGUCAGCCAUUACCUACCAGAUACAGUUCACGACACACCGACCAGCCCUGUGCUUACAAACACAUCUCCAGCACGAAAUGGACAAACUCCAAAUACUGUUGUCGAAAUGAAAGAUGUAUGACAUUGAUAGAUGACAUUGUCAUGACAUUGAAAUAUGGCAUUGUUUAUAUUACUAGAACAAGAUAUAUAACGAAAGAUUAUGACAUUGAUGUAUGACAUUGUUUGUGACAUUGAAAUAUGGCAUUGUUUAUAUUACCAGAAAAAAAGAUAUAUAAAUAUAUACUCACUCAUUCUGUUUCAUCAAGAAAGUUGUUUAGAUUUAUAUUUAUUUUUUUUCAAGAGUGAAACGAAGUAGACACACAUGACGAACCUUGGUAGUAUUCGAAAAUGUCAUGUACCAACAUCCUAAGCACCUCCCUUCCUAACUCCAUAUCUCCUGAAGUAUUUAUAUAUCCUACUUUAUCAACCAGUUAUGUGACAGACAUUUUUUAAAAAAAAUUACAAUAUUUAUUUAUGUACAUCUUGGUGAUUUUUUGUUUACUUUUCAAAAGUGUCAAAAUACCGGAAGAGGGCUACACCGUAAUGACGAAGCUGACUUUUAGAACUAUAUCGAAGCAGUAAGAAAUACGCAACCUAUAAAUUGAAAUCUCCAGUCUCAGUAAAAACCGCGAUUGUUCGCUUCGCUCCCUUAUUUACGGUUUCUUUCUGCUGAAUAAUUCACUUUAUAGAAUCCCAACAGAGCAAAUCACAAACCGCGUUAUUACAUCCUGUAGAAACGUUGAUUUAUCCCGGCAGUUUUAGUUUCGUUUCAAACGUACUUUCAUCAAACGUUUAGUGAAUAGCGCAAAUGCUUUAUCAUUGUUGCAGCUACGAAGGAAAUAUAGCAAGAUGGUCAUGAUUGACCUAUAUCGCUUAUCUGACCUAAAUGGUGGUUAUCACUGGAUGCAUUUUUUUUGCCUCCCUGUACAGACGUUUUCCGACACGCAUUUCAUUAAUUUAAUAUUUUUUGAAGUUAUUGCCCUUUGGUGUUUGUAACUCAACUUAGAAGCGCCACAAACUCUACGAUCAGUAUACAAACUGAAAAUUUGCAUGCAAUAGAUUUAAAAAAUGUAUACUUUGUUUAGUGAUACUGGGGUUGAAUAGAUGUCUACACAAACCACUCAUGCUAAUAAAUAGCGAGUUCUUCUUUAUUGCUCAACCGAAAAUGGCUGUUUGUGGUAUCCUUCGAAAUAAGUUAUUAGGGAUAUUUACCAGA